AUUUUGAAUUUGAAUUUGAAAACAAGAGAGCUGAGAGAAAGAGAUUUGGAGAUGGAGGAUUCAGGAGCGAUUCUAUGUCAGAUCUCCAUUUUUAAGGAUAUGCUUGAUCAGGUCAAUCGGGAAAUCGAGGCAAACAUUGAGGUGACGCGAGAGAUCGAAUCACAGAUCGGAACUUGUUCUGAGAUGGAAUCGGCUCUGUCUCUCAAAGAAGCUGAGCUUACUAGAUCGUUCCUUGCUUCUCAAUUCGAGAUCAGCGGUUUGAUCUCCGUUACAGCCGAUUCAAGAAACUCUCUGAAGCAAUUGGAGGAUGAGAUUCAUCGCCUGAGAAGUGAGCACAGUGAGCUAAUUACAAGGCUAACCGAGAAGCGGGAAGGAUUUAUGAAGAUGUGUUUUGGAUUCCAGAGGGAGAUUGAAGACAGUGAAUUAAGGAGUUUAUUGUCGGAGAGGGAGUUUCUGGAAAACGAAGUUCGGAUUUUGGAGGAGAAGAACAUGGAUGUGAAGAACUCUAUUUUGGCUUACAUGGAAGAUGAAAUGAUGAAUCUAUUAUCUGAUUAGUGUUUCUGGAAUUAUGAUACUUUUUAGCCAUUGGAUUGGAAUGUACGUACUGCUCCCGAUAACUUGAUCUUUGCCCAUGGCCAAUUCUUACUCUACUGUAAAUCAUAGGUGCACCAAAAACUAUUUUACAAAACGAAUAAAAGGUGAAGUUUUCA